UCGUGUCUGUGCUCAGGAUGUCUGCGCAUGCGCAGUGCGCUGAAGCGUUAUGUAAACCUGUUCUGAUUUAGCCCGGUUUUAUGUAAGUGGACUUUGGAGGACUGAGCGGGUCUGCAGCGGUUCUGCUGGCACAUCUUCAUAAACGCUGAUGAUUUUAUAACAUAAACGCAUUUGCCCGCAUCAGUAACGCCUCAGGUUCAGCUUCUGCUUGUGAUCCGCAUCAUGUCUGUUAACUCCAUCCACUGGUUCCGGAAGGGUCUGCGUCUGCACGAUAACCCGGCUCUGCUGGAGGCCGCCAGGGGCUCCGAUACGCUGCGCUGUGUUUACUUCCUGGACCCCUGGUUCGCCGGGGCCUCCAACCGCGGCGUCAACCGCUGGAGGUUUCUGCUGCAGUGUCUGGAGGAUCUGGACUCCAGUCUUCGUAAACUCAACUCCUGUCUGUUCGUCGUCCGCGGUCAGCCGGCGAACAUCUUCCCUCGCCUCUUCAAGGAGUGGAAGGUGUCUCGGCUGACGUUCGAGUGCGACUCGGAGCCGUUCGGGAAGGAGCGAGACGCGGCUAUAAAGAAGCUGGCGUCUGAAGCGGGAGUGGAGGUGAUCACGAAGAUCUCACACACGCUUCACGACCUGGACAGGAUCACGGAGCUGAAUGGCGGUCAGCCGCCGCUGACGUACAAGCGCUUCCAGACGCUGGUGAGCAGCAUGGAGCCGCCGGAGCCUCCGCUGGAGCCGCUGAGCCGAGAGCUGCUGGGAAACUGUGUGACGCCCGUCAGAGACAACCACAGAGAGAGAUACGGAGUCCCCCUGCUGGACGAGCUGGGGUUCGACACUGAGUCUUUGGAUCCUGCUGUUUGGCCCGGAGGAGAAUCAGAGGCGCUGAUGAGGUUGGAGCGACACCUCGGACCCGACUCUAACAUGGCGUGGCAGGAGAACUUCGAGCGUCCAAAGAUGAACUCCAGUCCGCUGCUGGCCAGUCCGCUGGGCUUGAGCCCGUACCUGCGCUUCGGCUGCCUGUCCUGCCGCCUGUUCUACUACAAACUCACAGAACUCUACAACAAGGUGAAGAAGAACGGAAGCCCGUCGAUCUCUCUGUACGACAAGCUCUUAUGGAGGGAGUUCUUCUAUACGGCGGCCAGCAACAACCCGCGCUUCGACCGCAUGGAGGGAAACCCCAUCUGCAUCCGCAUCCCGUGGGACAGGAACCCCGAGGCGCUGGCCAAGUGGGCCGAGGCCAAGACGGGCUUCCCGUGGAUCGACGCCAUCAUGACCCAGCUGCGUCAGGAGGGCUGGAUCCAUCAUCUGGCACGGCACGCCGUGGCCUGUUUCCUGACGCGAGGAGACCUCUGGAUCAGCUGGGAGGAGGGCAUGAAGGUGUUCGAGGAGCUGCUGCUGGACGCUGACUGGAGCGUGAACGCCGGCAGCUGGCUCUGCCACUCCUGCAGCUCCUUCUUCCAGCAGUUCUUCCACUGCUACUGUCCCGUGGGCUUCGGACGCAGGAUCGACCCCAACGGAGACUUCAUCAGACGUUACUUACCCGUGCUCCGAGAUUUUCCAGCCAAGUUCAUCUACGACCCCUGGAACGCGCCGGACGACGUGCAGCGCGCCGCCAAAUGCGUGAUCGGCGUGGAUUAUCCCAAACCCAUGGUGAACCACGCCGAGGCCAGCCGCCUGAACAUCGAGAGGAUGCGGCAGAUCUACCAGCAGCUCUCCAGAUACCGCGGACUCAGUCUUCUCGCAACUGUUCCGUCUAACCACAUGGAGGUCGUGGGCGUAAAUGAAGCUCAAGGAGCAGCGGCGCCCCCUACACAGCGGAGGAUACAGAGCGGCACUUUGUCUCACCGGGUCAGGAGAGAGCAGCCUGGACCGGGCGGAGCGAAACAUCGCAGCGCAAGACACCGACACGCCCUCAGCCACCGUACGUCACCUUACACCACCCAGAGCGACCUCACGAACCACGACCACGAGUUUGCCGUUCCACAACAACCAGGGCGUCUGAUUUGGCCGGUUGGGGGCGGGACUGGAAGGAGAGAAAGGGAGGCGGAGCACAACGGUUGCCAUGGUGACGACGGCCCCUCCUCCUCUUCAGUGCUAAAAGCCCAAGAUGAUGAGAACAGGCAGGAAGACACGGGGGGCGUGGCCUUCUCUUCCUAAGCUCCACCCACUGAUGGAUUCGCAAAAUGUAUUACAAACUUUCCUCGCGUGUUAAACACAUACAUGAGUAACUCGAAAUGGUUUGUCCGAUCAAAUUGUGGUGAAAAUGUCAUUUUAACGUUUUUAGAAAUUUUAUAAUAUAAAAUUCUAAAAUUUACAAUUAAAUAAAAUUUAAUUAUUAUCCCAAAUAUUGAUUUUACAAAUCAGAUGUAAAUACUGUCUUCGUGUCAUUAAACCUUUAAGCUAAAGGUCCUUUCACACCAAACUUUAAACGAACGAGUGCAACGAAUAUUCGUCAGCUUGAACGAAAAGCUAAACAUUUUAAUAACUCCUGAUUUAUAUUUGCAAAUGUAGUUGACGAAAACGUUAACCAAAGCUCAAGUCUUAUUGGCCAGCACAUUUCCGUCACAAGUUGCG